AUGGUGCCCCAGUCAAAACUUCAUCACUACACUAAGCUACUUGUAGCUCUACUAUCAAUAUGUAUAAUCUAUUCCUUAUUUACUCGUCACAAGAGUGCCACACAAGAUGACAAGUUGAACCAUCCAGUGGACAAAGUCAAAUAUUUACAAGCGUCAAAAGAGAACAAGAUAGCCAAGCUUGCCGGUUCCGACCAUGAUUCCCAACAACAAUCGCAUCUUGACACAAGAGAAAUAGAUCAAACAUUUCUUCAACAAAUGGAUAAAAAUGUCAAGCAUUGUCCUGAUUACGUUACUUAUUCUCAACAUCGUCAUCCACCAUUCUCGAAAGGUGUACAGAAAUACCCAUACAUGAGACCAGCUCCAAAAUGUCGAACAUUUGUAUCAAAAGCCGUCGAGUCAGUGAUUGAUGAGUUGAAACAAAGAAUUGCUGAUCCUGAUUUAGCUAGAUUGGUGGAGAAUUGUUUACCCAAUACGUUGGACACGACGGUGUUGUGGCACAUGGUUAAAGAUGAAGGGCAUAAGAAAAACUUGAUAAGAAAGCUGUUACUUCCGCAAUCGUUCAUUGUCACUGGAGAUAUUCAUGCCGAAUGGCUUAGAGAUGCAGCAAGGCAAUUAUCAGUGUAUCAACCAUUGAUCAAGCACGAUGAAAAACUUAAACAAUUAAUUCUUGGGGCAAUCAACACACAAGCUUACUAUGUUAAUAACUCCCCCUAUUGUAAUGCAUUUCAUCCUCCACCAUCAUCAAAAGUCAAACCAGGUAAUACAGCAUUUGAUAAUGUGUACCCGAGACCUGAUUGGCGACAAGUUUUUGAAUGUAAAUAUGAAAUUGACUCCCUCGCGUCAUUCUUGACCUUGACUAAUGAAUAUUUUGAAAACUCAAGUGGUGAUGUUUCAUUCCUCAAUGAUCACUGGUUCCAAGCAUAUGAAAAGCUAUUGAUUGUGUUGAGAAGAGAGAGUGAACCAUCAUUUGAUGAAGCAUCGGGGCAGGCUCUACCAUUUUACUAUUCAUUCCAAAGAAAUACCAAUAUUGGAUCAGAAACAUUACCUCUAGGAGGUGUGGGAAACCCAGUUAACUUUGGCACGGGUUUAAUUCGAAGCGCAUUUAGACCCAGUGAUGAUGCUACAAUUUUACAAUUUUUUAUUCCUGGUAAUAUACACAUGUUGACGGAGUUGAUCAAAACCAGAAAGAAUUUCCUCAAUGAAGAUGUAUUGACCAAUCGGAUGAGUGCCGAGAUUGAAGUGUUUAUCAAAAAGACUGAUUAUUUUAUUAAAGCGUUGACUUCUGGUAUUGAAAAAUUUGGUAUUGUUAACCACCCAACUUAUGGCAAGGUCUACGCCUAUGAAGUUGAUGGAUAUGGCAGUGCUACAUUCAUGGACGAUGCAAAUAUCCCAUCACUAUUAUCCAUCCCUGAUUUAGGCCACAUUCCUCGAGAUGAUCAAGUUUAUCAAAACACGAGGAAAAUGAUCUUGACCAAAGAAGGUAAUCCAUAUUACUUGAAAGGUUUCCAUUUCGAAGGUAUUGGCGGCCCACAUAUAGGUAUUAAAAACGCUUGGCCAAUGUCUUUGUUAAUGAGGAUACGAACCACUGAUGUUGACGAGGAAAUUGUCAAUAGUUUACAUAUGAUUAUGAAUACUACUGCUGGGUCUGGUCUCAUGCACGAAAGUGUCAAUGUUAAUUCCAAAGAUGGUGCUUCGUACACCAGAUCUUGGUUUGCCUGGUGUAAUUCCGAAUUUGGAAAGACAAUAUUACACUUAGCGGAAAAGAAACCCCAUUUGAUAUUCAAAGAUGAAUGGAAAAAAAAGCCUUUUAAAGUAGAUGAUGUAUUUAGUGAAUAA